AUGCCAUCUGCAGUGCUCGUUGCGUCUGCGUUCGGGCUUGCUUACGUUGCUCACCUUCUCCUCAACUACAAACGCAUGCUCUCCCGCAUUGGGCAUUUCCCCGGAUUUCGAAUGACUUCACAUCCUCUCUCGCUAUUGCAGACGAUCAAUGAUAGAGCACUUGGGGAGGAUCCCCUUAUGAUGGGCAAGUUUAGACCGUUUCAAGAAGCAGGCUACGAUGUCAUAUCUUGGGUCAACUGGUUCCCGAAGGCGCAGAUGAGUUGGAUACUUGCCGAUCCGGAGACUAUCAAGCAAGUGACGUCUGAUCGUACUCGCUUUGAAAAGCCCGUAGAGGUUUAUGAGAGUAUCUGCCUGUAUGGGAGCAACAUUGUCGCAUCCGAAGGUGAUGAGUGGAAGAGACAUCGUAAGAUCACCGCUCCUGCAUUUUCCGAGAACAAUAAUCGCCUGGUGUGGGAUGAGACGGCUCAUAUUGUCGACGACUUGCUUAAUGACGUGUGGGGAAACGCUUCGGAGGUGACCGUGAAAGACGCCGUGGACUUCACCAUCCCUAUAGCGAUCUUCGUCAUCAGUGCCGCCGGCUUUGGUCAGCGUGCUAAAUGGCUUGAGAAUCGCGUUCCUCCGCCAGGUCAUCAGAUGACCUUUAAAGAUGCAGUACACACGCUAUGUGCGGAGCUUAUUACAGUCAUGUCGACGCCAAAGUGGGCGUUGGGCCUGAACAAGAAGCUGCGCACCGCUCGUUCAUCCGUUGAAGAAAUGCGCCAAUACAUGAUGGAAAUGAUUGACGAACGCCGGUAUAUACACGAUGGGCACUCUGGGGCUGAUCUCUUCAGUCUUCUCAUGGGCGCAUUGGACGACGGUGACGCGAAGGCCACUGAUCGCGAGUUGACGGGGAACAUCUUCAUCUUCCUACUGGCGGGGCACGAGACAACAGCACACACUCUUGCUUUUGCUCUGGCCUAUCUUGCCCUCUACCCUGAAGCUCAAGAUUGUCUUCAUCGCGAAGUUGAGACGACAACGGGCGGCUUUCAAAGAGAAUUGACAUACGACGAUAUCGACUCGUUGGUGUACACGAACGCAGUAGUCUACGAGGUUUUGCGGAUGCAACCACCUGUCGCUGCAAUACCAAAGCGUUGCACCGAGGAUACAACUCUCAAUGUCGCUAAUCAGCAGCGGCAAAGGGUGACCAUUCCUGUGCCGAAGGGUACAAUUGUUAUGCUUGACGCCAUGGGUCUGCACUAUAACCCUCAACAUUGGGCCGAUCCACACGCCUUCAAACCUGAACGAUUUCUUGGCGAUUGGAACCGAGAAGCAUUCAUCCCGUUUAGCACUGGAUCGCGGGCUUGCAUCGGGCGUAGGUUCUCUGAGACAGAGGCGGCUGUCGUCCUUACCCAUAUCCUUACGCGCUAUACCGUCAAGAUCGCGGAUGACCCGAAAUUCGCACACGAGACAUUCGAGCAACGAAAAGAGCGCGUCUUGGCUUACAAGCCGGGUAUGACCACCACGCCUGCGGCGAUCCCGCUUACUUUUGUGCGAAGAGGGUAG